AUCUAUUAAAUAUUCGAAUUACUUUAAAUAACACGCACAAAGGAUAUUUUCUGUACAGGAAUAAACAUGAACUCAACAGACGAAUGGAAAGAAAAAGUACAUAUUUGAAAGAGCAUAUAUAUAACACAAUUUACGGAAGGAAAUAACUGUAUGGUAUGCUGUAGCUCACAAAAGGAUCGAUAAGUUAAUACGGACGUAUCUUAACGUAAGGAAUCGAUUUAACAACAUUCCCGGAAAAUGAGAAGGUGAUGUUAUUAAAUGAUUUUAUCAACACACUUAUAUAACCUUAUAGACGAUCUUGUUAUUUGAAAACUUGAGAUGAAUAAAGUGAAGCAAGAAAAGAAGGGACCUGGCAAAAUCAAAAAUCUCCCCGGCCGACCUAGGAGUAAGUUAAAGAAAACAAAAGAACUAAAUCGAUUUAAUUUGGACAUAUCUGAUUUCAAGAAGCUCAACUUUGUUUCUUCAGAUUCAAUGCUGCGAAAACGCUGUCCAAACUAUUUUGCCAAAUGUCCUCGCGUAACAUUGAGUCGACUAAGCACAAAUAAUGUUAACAAUCAGAGUAGAAACGCCUUUGAUAUUUUUGAUUCAAACAUGCAGGGACUUGAUAAUAUCAAAUUGUUAUCCCCUGAAAAUAUUGAAUCAAAAGUCAGGUCAGACUUAUUAACUGAAACAGAAAAAUCCACCGUGAAAUCUACCAAUACGAGUCGCAAAAUACAGGAAGGUAAUGCAUCUGAAAAGACACAAACAAGAGAAAAUCAGAUUGCACUGUCAAAUAAUAUUGUCACAGAAUUAGAUGUCACUAACUUAAAAUUGACAUUUAAGAAUUUAAUCAAUCAUAAAUCAUCGUCUGCAACAGGCGGUGAUGAAAUAUCAUCAUGUGAGCACUCAGGUGAAAAAAUGCAACCUGUAUUGAGUUCGGAUGAAAUCACUAUCACUGAUAAAACUGAAGACAUAAACAUAAUUUACGAUGAUAAUCAAAAUAAAAACGCAGGUAAAGAAAAUGAUUCAUGUUUAAGCGAAAAGCAAAACAACAACAAUGCGACACGUGUAUUAUCAAACGACACGUCCUUUAGUGAAACAUAUGGAAAUUAUUCGAAAGAUAAUAUCAUUAAUCAGUCUGAUACGUUAGUAAAUUUACAGGAGGAAAAACAAAGUGAAACAAAUCAAAACUGUGAACAACCUACACUUUCUGAGAUAGUAACAAACGCAGCGUCUCAAACUGUACAUUCCAGUCCACCACCAGUGUUAUUAGCAGUAAACUCGGUUGAUACAUCAUCAAAAAUUAAGGACGUUCCUUAUAUGUGUGCUAAUUCUAAAGUAGAUGAGGAACUGCCAAAAACUAAUGCAACAAAACUUCAAAGUGAUGAGCAAAUAUCUGAAAUCGAAUUAAAUCAGGAGGAAGUCGAUACAGAUCUUCAAUGUACAACACUCAAUAUCUACGUAGUUGAAGAAAAUAUAUCCCGAGGUCAAGAUACUGCAACCGAGGCAAUAGUGCCUUUAGAAAAGGACCCUGAUAAAGGUAGAGCGAAGUCAAAUGAUGUGUCUGAUGAAAGAACUGAAUGUUGUAUGCAGGUUGGAGUAGAAAAUCAGCCAGGUAGUACUUCAAAUACAAAUGAAGAGAUUUCCUCAUCGUCAGUUUGUCAUUUGGAAGAACCACCGAAAAGGUCAUUACCAAAACCACCCAAGAACGACAAGAAGCAAACAAUUAUAAAGAAAGAACAUGAAGAAAUAAUUCUUAGAAAGCCCCUUUAUCAACACGACGGCUACGACAGCGAUGCAACAAUGAUUUACGAUGAAGAAGAGGAUAAGAGUGCUAGGAUUGUAUCUAGAAAAGGUUCAGAAUGCAAUCCACUGAAAAUCAAACAGACACAACAACUUUUAAGACUAAAAAGUAAAAUAGAACAGUCAGCCGAAAACCGUCAUGAAAUAGUAAAAACCCCAGAGACAAUGGAAUGCAUUGAGAGCCUAUACCCAACAUUCCGCGGAGAAAACCUUGAUAAUUCAGAUGAUUUAUCUAAUAAGACAUCAUCAGACAUUGAUGAAAAUCAUCUCUAUAUUGCUGAACCAUGUGAGACUGCUGAUGAUGUAAAUAGCGUUUCUAAAAUACGGGAAUACAAUUCGGACAAGAAAAAGGAGAAACAUUUUAAGCCAAUCAAUAAAAUUCGCAUUGCCUUGAAGCAAAAAGACAAAAAACAUGAACAUUCAAAAUACCACAUUCAAAAUAAGGAGAAACACAAUGGUGGUAUCAAACUUGCAGCAAACAAAUGGGAAGAAGUUAUUACCAGUUGUGAUGCCGUAAUUGUAACGGAUUUGACCAUAUCACGUGGCAUAGCGAAAAAACAUUCUGAGAAGACAAAUAAGAAAAAUAAAUCAACGUCACCAAAAACAAAAAAGACUGAGAGGAAGAGAAAACAUGAUACCCAGGAUGACAUGGUUUUGAAAAAUAUAAAUAAAAUUUUCCCAAAACCGAGGCGGAAAAGAACGAAAGACGAAGAUGACCUACCAAAAAUUUUGCCCCCAAAGCGACGACGUCAAGAAAAGGGACAUCUAAUUGUGGAUUCUAAAAGUGAUAUGGACAGAAUUAAACAAGAGUUCCCUCAGUUUAAUUGGUUGGAAAAGAAAUACAGGGACCAAAAUAAGGACGAUAAAAAGGAUAGUGAUGGACUAGACAUUAGUAAUAUUGAAAAGACAUUAGAUAUAUGUAACAGUGAAAAUAUAUAUCCUCCUGAAACUACCCUUCAGGAUAUUAAUAAAAAUCCUCAAGAAACUACCCAGCAGAAUGAAAAGUCAAGUCUGUCUGAAAGUACCCAGCAGAAUGAAAAGUCAAGUCCGUCUGAAAGUACCCAGCAGUAUCUCAAUUCAGCAGUUGAAGGAAACGAUAAAACUGUAUUUUCAAAUAUAGAAGACAACGACCAAAUUCAAUUUGAUAAUUCUAGGCCUCGACAUGCAAACAACAAUGAAAAUUCAGAUGAAAACUCAACGACAGAGAGUAUUUCACAUGCAGAGUCAAAUACAGAUGUUCAGAUGACAGUCAAUGAGAAUGAAGUCGCAGAUUCUGAAGUUACAUCAGUGGUGAUGAAUGAAGAAAUUGAAAAUGUUGAAGCAGAUGUAGAAUCUGUAGAAGUGCAUAGCAUCACUACAACAUCAGUCCCAAGUUGCUACAUUGAAUCUGAAAUAUGUUUAGAGGAUACGAUGGAUCAAAGCCACCAUACUAUUACUACAGAACCGAGUAAUGAUUCCGAUAAAGGGUAUGAAAAUACGUUCCACAUGAAUGACGAUGCCUUUUCUGGUUCCAUCAAUUUAAUUAUGCAAUCAGAAGAAACGAUCGUAGGCUCUCCAUCCAACCUUCUGAAACAGAAUAACGAUGAAACUUUGAAUACAAAUGAUGUUCAUGCUAAUUCAAAAGAAGUAGAACGAUCGAGUAUUCCGACUAAUGAAAGCUGUGGAAUGGAUAUUACAAAAGAGGCAAUUAAUGCGAAUGUUUCAAAUAUUAGCGAAUCUAUGCAACAACUAGAACCAACCAUUCCAACCACGUCUGUCGUAAUAUCAACAGCUGCACUAGGCGUUACUAAAAACACCAAUAGUACGCAUUCUUUUGCUACAAGUUGCAGUGAAGAAUUGUCAAAACAUUCCAAGGAUUUAUCAACUGAACCUUUAAGUCAUUCAUCAGCAUCUGCUCAAAUACCGACAGACUCGUCAAAUACGGUGUCUUCGUGUAUUUCAACAUGUCAUUCUGUGGAUAGUUGUGUAGCGUCAAGGUAUUCACCUUCUGUAGAGAACAAUCAAAUUCAAGAAAACAUACAGGACAAUAUUGCUACCCUAGAACCCGUUAACAAAAAGCAGCGAACAAGUGAAAUUACAUCUAUAAAAACAAAAGAUUAUCAUAAAAAUAUUCCUCCACUUGUUCCAGUGUCCUCCGUUACUAAACCAAAUAAACCUAUUUUUAGCAAAUCACGCUUAUUAGGACCAGAAGUAGAAGCAACAUAUAAUGAUAUCAAACAGUUGAAACAUGAGCUUGAAAUGAGAAAUCGAGAAGCAGGACAGAUGAUGAUGUUACUGAAGGAAAAAGAAGAAAUGUUGCGUAAUUUACUCUUAUCAUCCCCUCUUGGGCCAAAUAAACGCCCAAUACCCGCUUCUGGAAUAAAUCUAACGAACCGUGUUAAUGUUUCUAGUAAUGAUGGACAAUUACAAGUAAUACAAAGCAGUUGCAAAGCUGCUGCGUCAAAAAUAUUUACAUCAUCUGGUCAAAAGAAUAAAGUUCCUCCUCCUGCACACUCAUGUAAAAAAGAAGACACAAAAGAAAUACUGAGAACACUUGAGAUUAAUUCGAUAACAGUUCCUCACGACAUUAGAGCGACCGGCCCCUUUUCUUCCAGACAACGUCCAUUGUCACCUCCCACUCGAUUUAAAGGAGCUUCAAUGCCAGGUCCGUUGACAGCUGCACAUGCCCAAAAACCCUUUGAGGUACCUGGAAAAUUAAUAACUGUAAAGAAUGAGAGGUCAAAAAGUCAAGGUAGUGAAGUCACUAGCAUAUCUGAUACCAGUACUUCAAGAGCUGUAUCAGCUCCUGCUAGAGAUAGUCAUCUGUGUUCGCCGAUAAAUUUGCAACAGCAAUUUGGCAACCCUUGUAAUUUAACUACUAAUUCCACUAUACAGACAAGUUUUCAAUCAGCUAUAUCUCCUACACAAGUGCAGCCGCAUGUAGUUACCACUCCUCAAACCAGACCACAACGUAUGAUUAGCAGCACACCAGCUACUAAACAGACAAAAACGUCGGCCAAAGGUAAUAAAAAUACUGAAAGUGCCAUACAACAAGAGUUGAGUGAAGCUAUAAGACGUCGUCAAAAUCAGGAACGAUUAGAACAGGACUAUCAGCAGUUCAAAAUAACAAAACCACCAAUGAUGAAUAAUACACAAAAACCAAAUGCCAUAACGAAACCUUCCUUUCCAGAUACUAAUAACUUUGAAAUGCACAAGCACAAACUCAUUUCAGAAAAUGGCCCAGGAAUAGUUCCUGCAGCUCGGUCAAGCAUGCACACUAUUUCAAAAUCAGGAAAUCCUCCUCAAUAUGCAGGCGGACAGUUGUUAACUGUACUACAGAGAUCUCCACAUCAUGGGGAAGCCAAUGGUCGACCUAAUAAUCCUGUAUCGUCCACAAGGCCUUCUAUAAAUCCUGCUCACCUACCACACAGUGUUCGGCUGAUAGGUGCAGCUACAGUGCCAUCAAAUCAAAUAAUCAGAGGCAAUGAUCCAAGGAGAACUAUUCCAACAUUAUAUCAAACACCACAGAUGCAUUAUCAGCUUUCUCCGGUCGCAGUAUCAAAUAAUGCACCAAGAGCUCAGAAUAUUCAUAUGCAGCCUGGAAUGAUUUCUCCUAAUGCGAUGUCCCAUCGAGGGUAUCACGAAGGUCCAAAAUCAUUUCACUCGCCGCCAGCACAGUUCCAGGCAGCACAAAAUAUACAAAACCAUCAAAUAUUAGUUCCUGUUUCUGCACAUCAACAAAUGGUACACCAAACACCAGAGUCCGCAGCAAGAUUUCAACAGGGCGCACUGCAAGAAAAUGGAUACCCAAAACGACGACUUGCGCAUAUCCUACCGAAACCAAAUCCAUAUCCAAAGGUUCACCAGGCAAAAUUACAACAAACAAUUCAGCAACAGCAGGAAAACUGCAGUCCAGACAUGUUGAAUGUCAAGGCCCAAGGCAUGAUACCCAAUUCUCAAGUAGUCCAAGGCAGCGGUAUGCCGCAACAGGAAGCAGGUUCCAAGGCGCAACAUAUUUUUGGUAACUGCAUAAUGUGUGGAAAGUUUAGUUUAUACCUCUGUUCAACAUGUCAGAGCAUUUGGUAUUGCUCCCAACAGUGCCAGCUAAAACACUGGACUACACAUCAACAUGAAUGUAAAUACACAACAACGAAAUGACAUUUAACUCUAUAAGUAUUUAUGUAAAUAUCCUUCAACGAGAUUUGUGCCAUUGUUUUAAUGUGUGUUCUACUCAUAUACCAUUUUUACAUUGUACAUAUAUUUUUUUUACAAAACGAAUUUAACACAUGCACUUUUUAUAUGUAAAAUUAAUUAUGCACAUCUGUAAUUCACGAGUGUAUGAUAACAUUUCCAUGCAAUGCGAAUGGAAAAGCAGAAAUGGUUGAUUUUUACAUAAUCUCAUUCCUUCAUUUUCUGUUCGAAUCUAUCAUUUGACAUCCGUGUAACAAACAUUAACAGUUCUUUAGGUUAUUAUUGUAAUGUAGAAUUCUUUACAUUCAUGAAUCACUGCCAUAUAUAUACUGGAUUUGCACUUAAAUAAUAGGUACAACUUCCAAUAUGUUUUUUAAAAUCUAUAUUGUUGCGGAAUAUGCAGUCAUACAUAAAAAAGGUUUUCGUUAUCAUACAUAAAUGUAUUAUGUAUGAGGAUGAAUAAUUUGUUCACUUGCAUAACUGAGUGGUUAUUUCAAGCCUUAUUCACACCGUACAAUGAAUGCUGACAUUAUUGUUCUAUAUUCAUUGUUAAAUGUUUAAGACACUGUUGAGUUCUUUGGUUUUUUUGGCCAAAAAAUUCCAGUUUGUAUUUUCUUCAUGUGUUCAUAGUGUCUAGAUCGUCAAGCAAGAACUUCAUAUUAAUGUACUUAUUUAAAAAAAUAUAUGUACUCGUCCGGAUGGCAACUCUAUAAACAUGAUAAACGGUACCAAUUUUCUUACACUAGGUGUGUAUUUCGACACUUUAAAUCUAAAUGUUCAAGAUUAAAAUAUUUAAAAAUCAAAAUCAAGUAGAAACUUUCAUAGGCUGAUAUAAUCGAAAAAGGCCGCAAUAGUUGUUAUCCUGGACAAGGAAUCAGAUCUAAUCCUAAAGGAGAUACAUUCCGUAACAUUGAUGAUUUCCUAAACAGCUAAUUCCAAUAAAAUAUUUUUUGGUUAUUGAUUUAAACAUGUUAAAUUGUGUUACCAGCACAAAGUUUUCAUAUAAAUGUCACAAAAUGGUUGUGCUAUAUAUAUAUAGAUUGUAACGCUGAAAGAUGAUACAAUCGAAUCAUGUGACAACGUCAGCCCGCCAGUAUGUAAAACAAUGUCAGCAGUAUUUAUUGGAAACCUAAACACAUGAACGUUAUUAUCUGUUACAUAUUUACUGUUAAUACACUUAUACUGCUUGCCAGUAAACUGUGCAGGAGUUCAAUGUUUUAUUGAUUUUUUUGUCUAUGGAAUAUGUCCGAUUUCAUGCAUUGUCGUCAUAUUCAUAUUUUUGUAUAGUUGGAAUAUACAUUUCAUAUUAUGUAAAUCUAUAACGCCAUUAUUCAUUAAAUUUUCAGUUUAAAAAUGACUAUAUUCCAUGCAAGUAAAUUGUGCAAGGGGUUCAUGUUUACAAGAUUUAGUCUAUUGUGUAUCAUAUCUAUGAUGAGUUUAUGUCGGUCUUCUUGUUUUGUCCCCAUCUUCGUAUUGGUGCAUAGUGAGAAUAUUCAUUGCAUAUGACCCAAGAACAUCAGUGCGUACUGAAGUCAAUGUCAUUCGGUACCAAACGUAUGAAAUUAAUGCUAUAUUUUGUUUGAGAUACAACAUUAUAAACAGUAAAACACAAGAUUUACUUUUUCUUUGAUUGCUUCCUGGAUAUUGUUUUAUUUUAUGGAGCUUCAAUGUGUAAAACUUAGAUCUAAAAGCAUGCCGUCCAGGUGGUCAAAGUUUAAAUAUAUUGUUAGAUAUUUGAUCUGUUACUGCAUUUGAAUGAUGUGUUAUAUGACAAGUUACAACAGUUAACAUAACAAUACAUAUGACACAGAAGACAUUGGGAUGGUUUUUUGUAUUAUAUAUCGUUGAAAAGUUUGAAGUGUAUGUUUGCUUUCAUUUUCUAACUUGAUUUAACUCUUUACAGAUUUGAUUUCAAUGCAGAUAAAUAUUUAUGGCCUGGUAACAUUGUUGAUAUAUGUUUUAAACAAUAUAAAACUAAAUGAAUGGUGACGUUUUUAAAAUGAUCAUUUUCAAAAUCGAGAUUGUUUAAUUAUUUCUGUGUGUUUUUUUCUUAAUUUUUUACAUUGGUCAUAAAAUGAUUAUUCAUAAGAUUUUAAAAUGUAAAUCAAUCUGUGUAUUUGUUAUAUAUGUACAAUAUGUAUAAAAGAGCUUAAUUAACCCGGAGUACAGACAAAACGGGGUCAAAUGGCCGAUAACAGUAUGCAAUAAUAUCUUAUAUGCAUAUACAAUCAUUAUUUCAACUAGUUUUUUUUUAAAUUAAUCAAGUACUGUGAAAAUAUAUUAAACCAAUAUAUAUUAUUGAAACACAUGUUUUUAUUAAGUAUUUUAUUUAUUGUUAUAUCCAACUGUUUUUAAGUCCUCAAUCUGUUUUAAUAUCUCUAUAAUUUGUUUUAUAUAUAUAUUUAAGGCAUACUACAUAGAAAAAAAAAUGUUCAAGUCCCAUUUUCACAUUAGUCAUUGACAUCUUGUUUUAUUCCAUGCAAACAUUCCUGAUCAUUAUUGUGCCAAAUAUCAAAAUUCAGUUUCUCAUGACAUAUAGCAAACUUAUGUUUUCUCAGAAAAGGGCAUUAUUUUUAUUUGAAUUUUCGAGGUCAACAUAUUUAUUUCGUUUGACGAAAUGCUUGUUACUUGAUGUACAUUUUGUAAAUGAUACGCAAAUAAACCAAUUUUAUAUGCUU